GUCAACACCCUCAGCCCCCUGCACCGCCGGGAGAAGGACCCCCAGGAAGCCCCUCGCUGGAGAGUGACCGCCCUGCGCAGCGUCCUGGACGAGCGAGCGGCCAACCAGAGCCAGGCGGCCGGAGAGCAGACGCCGGAAGGCCCCAGGGAUUUCUGGCUGGGCUUGGAGAAAAUGCACGGGAUGGUGAAAGACGAUCGCUUUCAGCUGCUGGUUGAGCUGCGCGAUUGGGAAGGCAACGCUCAGAGGGCCCACUUCCUCUUCCGCCUGGGCGGGGAGGAGACGGCCUACACCCUCAGCCUCCUGGGACCCAUCCGGGGGGAGCUGGAGAGCGCCAUGGGGGACUUCCCCCAGCUGCCCUUCUCCACGCGGGAUCGCGACCACGAUCUGAAGGGCGACACCAACUGCGCCAAGCACCUCUCAGGAGGCUGGUGGUUCAGCUACUGCGGCCACGUCAACCUGAACGGCAAAUACUUCCGGUCCAUCCCACGGCAGCGGCACGAGAGGAAGCAAGGCAUUUUCUGGAAGACCUGGAGAGGGCGCUACUACCCCCUGCAAUCCGCUACCAUGAAGAUCCGCCCUGCAGAGCCGGACCGGGCGUCCUAAGCCCUCCCCCCAAGAGACUGGGCACGGCCCUCCUUCCUGCCCCGUUCCCACGAGACGCAGCUGGUCUCCGUCUCUGGAGCCCGGGCAGCGCUGCCCCAUGGCUGGCAUUUGAUUAGAGAGUCCGGGGAGGGGGGAAUUCCUUUUUAAGGGAGGGGGUGAGCCUGGCCAACUGGGGGAAGAGCGCAUGGGCACGGGGGAAGGCUGCUGGGCUGUGGGGCCAGAGGAAUUUGGGGAGUGCCACCUCUCAGCCUCCUGCAAUUGUGGGAACAUCUUUCAUGCCCCUCCAGAUGCAAAACAGGUGUGGCUUCCUCCCACCCCCUGCGCCCCGGAAAAUAUAUGUGCAAAGGCAUUGAGAGAGCUGUAUGGCUGGGGGAGGCUGGCGAGAUGGGUGGGGGAAGACCACUCCCUCCUGCAAAUGUGACCCCGAUGUAGGGGUACCCACAAUACUGGGGCCUCUUUCAUGGACCUUCCAAACCGUCCUUCUUGAAUUUAAUGCCCCCCUCCCCGCCCCCAUCCCCAACCUCUUUGGAUCCCCCUUUAGGUCAUAUUGACUUAAAAUGCUCCUGGGUUGGUCUUGCGCAGGACUGUUGUCUGG